AAAAGCCGUAAAUAAAUAGAUCUUUUGGGGGUUAUUUGUAGAGAGAAGGUAAAAUUCGGAAAAGCAGUUUUGUGGGAAAUUUCCGAGAAACUUCGUUAAACGCUCUUUCUCUCCCGACUCUUCGCCUGCAACUGAACUGUAGUGCGGCCAUAGCCGAUUCUUCAGAGAUAAAACGGUGUCAUCUCUCCUGCGGCGAACAGAAAUCCAGAAUGAGUGAGGAACACAGGACGUCGCCGUACAGGCGCAACCGGAACGAUCCUGAAGCCGGUUACAGUAACCGGAACUAUGACGAGGAUGACGAUUCCGGUUCGGGGCCGUUCAAUAUUGUGCGGACGAAAAGUGCUCCAAUCGACCAGUUGCGUCGGUGGAGGCAAGCUGCUCUUGUGUUGAAUGCCUCUCGACGGUUUCGAUAUACAUUGGACUUGAAGAAAGAAGAAGAGAAGAAGGAAUUGAUUGCUAAGAUUAGAAUGCAUGCUCAAGUCAUUCGGGCUGCUGUUCUUUUUCAAGCGGCUGGUAAAGGGGCUGGUAAAGGACUUAGUGGUCCAGGAUCUGCAAAAGCACCUUCAACUGCAUCUCCAACUGGUGAUUUUGGUAUCAGCACGGAGGAACUGGUUUCUAUGUCCAGGGAGCACGAUGUCACUUUUCUGCAGCAAAAUGGAGGGGUUAAAGGAGUGGCAGAGAAGUUGAAGUCUAAUUUGGACUUAGGUGUUUCUGGAGAAGAGACUGACCUCAUAAACCGAAAGAAUGCUUUCGGAUCGAAUACAUAUCCUCGAAAGAAAGGGCGAAAUUUCUGGAGUUUUGUCUGGGAUGCUUGUCGAGAUACCACACUGAUCAUCUUGAUGGUCGCUGCAGCUGCUUCUUUAGCGCUGGGUAUAAAGACUGAGGGUAUAAAAGAAGGUUGGUAUGAUGGAGGAAGCAUUGCCAUGGCAGUUCUUAUUGUCAUUAUAUUUACAGCCGUAAGUGAUUACAAACAAUCCCUUCAAUUCCAAAACUUGAAUGAGGAGAAGCAAAACAUACAAAUGGAGGUUGUUAGAAGUGGGCGUAGAAUUAAGGUUUCUAUAUUUGAUUUAGUGGUUGGGGAUGUUGUGCCUCUGAAAAUUGGUGAUCAGGUACCCGCGGAUGGACUUGUAGUCUCUGGGCACUCCUUGUCAAUUGAUGAAUCAAGCAUGACUGGGGAGAGUAAAAUUGUUCACAAGGACUCGACUAGAGCACCUUUUCUUAUGUCAGGAUGCAAGGUUGCUGAUGGGUAUGGCAGCAUGCUGGUAACAAGCGUCGGGAUAAAUACAGAAUGGGGGUUACUUAUGGCGAGCAUAUCAGAGGAUAAUGGUGAAGAGACACCAUUGCAGGUACGGUUGAAUGGUGUUGCUACCUUUAUUGGUAUAGUUGGUCUUGCAGUAGCAGUAGCAGUGCUGAUAAUCCUUGUGAUCAGGUUUUUUACCGGGCAUACCACAGACCCCAAUGGCAGAGUCCAAUUCACAGCUGGGAAGACCAAAUUUGGCGAUGCAAUAAAUGGCUUCAUAAAGAUAUUCACUGUUGCUGUGACGAUUGUAGUUGUUGCAGUACCAGAGGGUCUUCCAUUGGCUGUUACUUUGACGCUCGCAUAUUCUAUGAGAAAAAUGAUGGCUGAUAAGGCAUUGGUCAGGAGGCUGUCAGCCUGUGAAACUAUGGGGUCUGCAACUACCAUUUGCAGUGACAAAACUGGAACUCUAACUCUUAACCAGAUGACAGUAGUGGAGGUAUAUGCUUGUGGAAAUAAAAUGGAUUCACCUGAAAACAAGUCUCUCGUUCCUCCAAGGGUCAUCUCUUUGCUUAUUGAAGGGAUUGCUCAAAAUUCAACUGGCAGCGUAUUUGUGCCUGAGGGUGGGGGAGCUCUUGAAAUUUCUGGAUCACCAACCGAAAAGGCGAUUCUGCAAUGGGCAAUUAAUCUUGGAAUGGAUUUUGGCUCUGCUCGUUCCGAUUCGGUGAUAAUUCAUGCUUUCCCCUUCAACUCAGAGAAAAAACGGGGCGGUGUUGCUGUAAAGCUGUCAAAUUCUGAAGUUCAUGUGCACUGGAAAGGUGCUGCAGAAAUGGUGCUUGCUUCUUGUACAAGUUACAUUGAUGCAAACGACAAUGUGGUCCAGAUGGAUGAAGAUAAGGUAGCUUAUUUUAAGAAAGCAAUUGAAGAUAUGGCUGUAGGUAGUUUGCGUUGUGUUGCUAUUGCCUAUAGGACGUGUGAAAUGGAGAAGGUUCCAACUAAUGACGAGGAACUGGAAAAAUGGCAGCUCCCUGAGGAUGACCUCAUUUUGCUCGCGAUUGUUGGUAUCAAGGAUCCCUGUCGGCCAGGUGUGAGAGAAGCCGUUCAGUUAUGCGUUAAUGCUGGUGUUAAGGUUCGUAUGGUCACUGGAGACAAUCUUCAAACUGCUAGGGCAAUAGCCUUGGAGUGUGGGAUAUUAGGGUCAGAUGCAGAUGCUACGGAGCCUAAUCUUAUUGAAGGAAAGACAUUCCGUAACUAUACUGAAGCACAGAGAUUAGAAAUGGCUGAUAAAAUUUCGGUAAUGGGAAGGUCAUCACCAAAUGACAAACUCUUGCUGGUGCAAGCAUUGAGGAAGAGGGGACACGUUGUUGCUGUGACCGGAGAUGGUACUAAUGAUGCUCCUGCACUGCAUGAGGCUGAUAUUGGUCUUGCAAUGGGUAUUCAAGGCACCGAAGUCGCCAAAGAGAGCUCAGAUAUCAUAAUAUUGGAUGAUAAUUUUUCUUCCGUUGUAAAGGUUGUUCGCUGGGGUAGAUCGGUAUAUGCAAACAUCCAGAAAUUUAUUCAAUUUCAACUUACAGUUAAUGUUGCAGCGCUGGUUAUUAAUGUUGUGGCCGCAGUGUCUUCGGGUAAUGUUCCACUAAAUGCUGUACAGCUUCUUUGGGUGAAUCUUAUCAUGGACACACUAGGAGCUCUUGCACUGGCCACAGAGGCCCCUACAGAUCACCUCAUGAAGAGAAAACCCGUUGGUAGAAGGGAACCUCUGAUAACAAAUAUCAUGUGGAGGAACUUGUUAAUACAGGCUAUGUAUCAAGUAACUGUGCUCCUGAUAUUGAAUUUUGGUGGAAUAAGCAUCCUAAAUCUGAAGCAUGAUGAGAAGGCCCAUGCUUUCAAAGUGAAGAAUACAUUGAUAUUCAACGCCUUUGUCUUUUGUCAGAUCUUCAAUGAAUUCAAUGCUCGACAACCAGAACAAAUGAACGUGUGGAAGGGAGUUACUAAAAACCGACUCUUCAUGGGAAUAGUUGGCAUUGAAGUCGUGCUUCAGUUCAUGAUCAUCUUUUUCCUGGGGAAGUUUGCGUCAACUGUUCGUCUCAGUUGGCAAUUAUGGCUUGUUUCCAUUGCCAUCGGUAUUAUCAGCUGGCCCCUUGCUAUUGUUGGAAAACUAAUCCCAGUUCCGGAGAGAAAUUUCGGCGAAUACUUCAGGAUUCGUCGAAAGAAGAACCCGACUGGUAAAGGGGACGCUGAUCAAGAGGUUUCCACAUAACUGGAUGACAUCUGUAUAGAGGCACAGAACACUAAACUCUCGACUAACUUUUAGGCAUGCAUUUCUAAAUUAAGUUUUAAUUUGGGUGUGUUACUUUCGUCUUCCGAGGUUGAGACAAUUUUUGUUGAUUGGUUUUUUUUUUGUUGAGCCCGCGUGAAUAUAAAUAUGUUGAUAAAACUAUUUUGCCUUCAUAGGCCUUUCUUGAUGCCUACCUAGUAUAUAGCCCUUCAUUAAACGUUGUAAUGAAAUCGAAAAACUACAGACAAGUGAACCUCUGGAUUUGCUUUUGUGGAUUUAUUUAAGCGUGUUUUGAA